CACUUGAAAUUUAGUGUGCGGAAAAAAUAGAUAUUCAGAUGAUGGCAUGAGAUUUAAUGUCACCAGUGUGUUGCUCAGCUGGUGUGGUGACCUUAAAAGGAGGCGAAGAAGUUGUCUGUUUUCGGGGAAACUUUUCACAGCUGACCUCACUCCCAAAGCAGAUAUACCGUGGCAUGGAUCAUGUGUUAAAAGUUGCAGACCGUUAUGUCUUCACUCCAUAUGUUUACCCAGACUGGUGGCCCGAGGAUGGGGCUCUGCGCCAACUCAUCAGCUUGAGCCUGUUGACCAACUUUGGAGCACAAACAAUUUACGUGAUUUUUGGUGCACUGAAUUUCUACUUUGUCUUUGACCACAGGCUCAUGAAACAUCCGCAGUUUAUUGAGAACCAGAUAAGUGAAGAGAUCCAACUUGCAAUUUCCUCCCUCUUCUGGAUGAGCUUUCCCACAGUGCUAAUUUUCUUCCUGGAGAUUAGGGGUCACAGCAAACUUUUUGAUGAUGUCAGUGAAUCUUCUCAGGGCUGGCCGGGGGUGUUCCUGAGCAUUGCUGGAUUCUUGUUCUUCACGGACAUGUGGAUCUACUGGAUACACCGCUCCAUGCAUCACAGGAGGAUCUACAAGUACUUACAUAAACAGCAUCAUUUAUUCAAGAUCCCCUCACCAUUUGCAAGCCAUGCCUUCCACCCAAUUGAUGGCUUCCUGCAGAGUUUACCCUACCACGUAUACCCUUUCAUCUUCCCGCUCCACAAGGCCGUCUACCUGUCCCUCUUCAUCUUUGUCAACAUCUGGACCAUCUCCAUUCAUGACGGCGACUACCGCAUCCCGGGCCCCUUAAUACACAUUAUAAAUGGCGCCGCCCACCACGUAGAUCAUCAUCUCUUCUUUAACUAUAAUUAUGGACAAUACUUUACUCUCUGGGAUCGUUUGGGAGGCUCCUACAAAUACCCUUCGGUCCUCCAAGGGAGAAGAUAACGUGACCGCAUUGGCAAGCUUGCAGCAGACACAGCAUUGACACAAUGAUGGGGCAGUGACAUUGUUUUUUUCAAGUGUAUCAAAUGAAAGCACCAUUGCAGUGGAUUUGUAAUGAUUUAAUUGUUUCAAAGACUCUAAGAUAAAAGGAGGACAUCUGUUCACAUGCUAACUUAGCCUCGUAAACCGCGUGGGGCUGAUUUAAAAAAUUGUGAAGUGCAGAUUUGUACAAGUUAAAGCAGAACGUGACAAGAGCUGACAUGCGUUUUGAAGGACUGCUCCCGAGUAGGAACGCUAGAAACCUCUAACAGGUAUUUAUGAAAGUGUGCAACUAGGAUUACCAGACUAAAACACACAAAAAAAAGCAAAACUGUGUUCUCCAGUUGCAUGGAGUGGUGAUUCAACUCCCAGCGUUUGGAGUGUUUUCAUGGAGGCUCUGCAGGGAAAGGUCUGUCCACUUCAUCUCUUGUUCCUUCACAGACUCUGUGGAUCCGCCAUUGUCCUGCUCAGCCUCAGGGAGUUCACCCUGAAAGACAGCAAACACAACAUGAUGAGAUUACUCUCAUCAAAUUACUGUUGGUGAUUGACAGGCUCCCUCCAGGCAGCCUCUUUUCACAAUCCAAACACAUGUGAUGCAAUAUUUUAGCGCUGUCAGGGAAACAUUUAGGGAAAGACACACAAUCCAAGUAUACAACAUACAACUGUAAGUAUAAAACCAAUAACUUUUAAGUCUGACUUCCUCCAAAUCCAGGACUGCUCCAAAUACAUUAACAGAACCGUGGAGUGUCUCGUAACGUCUGUACUCCCCCACGUCUAAAACGCAAUUAAUGUUUGAAAACCGAACACUUCUCUUGGGAAGUUUGACAUUUAUCUUAACACUUUUUAACAAAUCGUCGUCAAUAUCACGCAAGCACAAAAUUACCAGUGGAAUUGUGACAUCUUCAUAUGGCAGUCUGUCUUCCCUCCAGGCGUCAUCGGUGAGAUCCAAAACUCGACCGUCUCGUUGGAUUUCACUGUCCAUACUCCGGACAAGACCCACUUUGUACGCUCCGACUAAUCUGUACUAUAUUUUCGUGUGUGACACGAACCGAACAAAUACAAGAGUUCAAAAUCGAAA